AAUGUGGUGGAAUUCGGCAUGUAGCAUACCAGGGGAUGAGCCGGUUCACACAUCUACUGGGAAGUAUGCGUGGUGGAGGUACUGGCAUUAUCCCAGAAGUUUCUGAGUCUCCAAAGGACCCAUUGUUGCAACUCGUCUCCCUCCAGAAGGCUUUGGGUUGCUGGGAAAUGGAGUCCAUGUUGGCACAGGUGUUCGGGAGGACAGAAAAAGAGCUGCUCGAGCAGAUUCCUGCACAGGUGAAGCCAGAUGUCUGGGCUACACUUCUGGCUCUGAUUUGGUUACAUGGCUUUAAGAUCGAUGUACAGGUUGAGUGGCAGUUUUUGGCCAUGAAAGCAGUGGCAUGGAUCCGCACUCAGAAAGUGGUCAACCACUCAGAGUGUGUACGGGUAGGUAAUGCUCUACUGGGCUGUCAGGUUAAAGAAGAUGCUCUUGGGAUAUGAAGACUUCACCCUCUUACAGCAUCCACACAAAAACCUUGGCAUAAUUUCUCUUUCUUUACUUUACUUAUUUUUACUUACAUUAGCAUGCCUUUACAUAUAAGAUAAUGUUGUCAGUGGAAUUACUUGCAUGGCCAUAAAACACUGGAAACUUGACUAUCCUGUAGGGAUAAAGUAAAACUGUGCACACAUUUGGUUGUCAAGUGCAAAGAGUUAAAUUAAAAUAGAAAAGUGACAUUUUAUUUGUUUGUAAAAUCUUUUCUUGAGUUCAGGUUUUAUUUUAACAUGCAUAUAAUUGUGUGUAGUACGUAGUGUUUGGCCCUAAAAUCCAACAAGGUCAGUGAGUCACAGGCUUAAUGCAGUUGUUGCUUGCUAAGGAUGAAAGUUUUUAAUAAAAGUUCAUAACAACAAAAGCAAUAAUCGUUGUUGUUGU